AUUUGGUUGGUGAGACGAACACCGACUUAACGUAAUGAGAGAUUAGUUUCACAAUACGUUUGUUGUUGCCCAAGUCCGGAAAUUUAGUCGUAUAUCUAAAUACAUUCCCAAAACUUUAGCAUGUUUUAAUCGUUCCCUUAUACGCGGUUAGGCCUCCCAUCCCCAUCAUCCUGAAACAACGCAGCAGACAUGGUAGAGCCAACAACACACAAGUUUACAUCCCUUGAAGAGGAGCUGAGCUUCUGGAAGGAGCAGGCAGAGGCACAUCAGCUAAGGGCUGAUGUGGCUCAGGAGGAGCUGCAGGAGUUUCAGCAGAUGAGUCGAGACUAUGAAGCAGAACUGGAAACAGAGCUGAAGCAGUGCGAGGGUCGAAACAAAGAGCUGCUUUUAGACAACAACCGACUCCGCAUUGAACUGGAAAACAUAAAGGAGAAAUUCGAGACUCAGCAUUCCGAUGCUUUUAGGCACAUCUCAGCCAUGGAGGAAGAACUUGCACAAACCAAAGCAGUGAGAGAUCACCUGCAGAAAUACAUCAGGGAGCUAGAGCAGUCCAAUGAUGACCUGGAGAGGACCAAAAGGGCUACCAUCAUGUCACUGGAGGACUUUGAGCAGCGGAUGAACCAUGUCAUUGAGAGGAAUGCCUUUCUUGAGAGCGAGUUGGAUGAGAAAGAGAACCUGCUUGAGUCUGUUCAGAGGCUGAAGGAUGAAGCCAGAGACCUUCGCCACGAGCUGGCUGUACGUCAGAAGGAAAGACGGCCAUCCAGCAGCCUGGGCAAAGACACAGAUCGGGCAGAUCUGCCGUGCCCCUCAGCUGGUAACCCGUCCAUCCCCAUCACACCCUCCAAACCUCUCAGCUCAUUUGCCACACCCCCUGCCUCCAGUAUUCGACGAGGUGACGGUCUAACAGGGACUCCCCUCACGACGUCUGCUAGAAUAUCUGCACUCAACAUUGUAGGGGAGCUUCUGAGAAAAGUUGGAAAUCUGGAGUCUAAGUUGGCGUCCUGUCGAGACUUUGUGUACGACACCUCUGUCAGCAGACCAGCACUCCCGGCUGGCCCUGGUAGUCCUACUGGUUUAGAGGGAGGCCCUGAGGUGCAAGCUAGCAGCAUGAGCCCCCCUCCUCAGUACGACAGUUUAGUGAAGCGGUUAGAGUUUGGACCAGCUCCUCCGAGAGGCGUCUCCCAGGGUCCCCAGUCUCCGCAGGGAGGGGUCAAGAUUCUGCUAUGAGAGAGAAAAGGUCGAACCACCUCCCUCUUUCAAUAACCUGACCCCCUCCACCCGUCCCCUCUCCAUCCUUAAUAAACCACAGCAAUGGGACUUUGAACUGAACUGUCUUCCUUGUCGCCACGUGCCCUGCUGAACUAUUUUGAACAAGAAAGCCACUCUCCUCGCUCCGUGCCCCACAUUAUCAGCGCAUGGACUUCUGCUGCCUCAGGCUAGUAUAACAGCAUAUCUAUCAUAGCAAGCAGCACUACAGCUUGUGUAACAUCAAGGAGCGGGGAUUCUUCUGCUCAUACUAUAUCUUCUAAUGUAUCUUUGACACUGUGGUGAGUAGCAUCGAAAAGAUCCGUCUGUGUCUACUGAUUUGCUUUCUGUGGUGGAUCAAGCACAACAGGGCUGUCGAUACAUUAGUGGUCCCUGAGGACACAUUUAGGCUGGUUGCUGUUCUUGUUCGUUGAUCAUGAAAUAGGGACCCGAAUAAGGACCAGAGGUAUCAAAAACAGCCACUGGGUGUGACCCUGAUAGAGGGACCAAGAACCUGGAGUAUCAUUUAUACAAAGGUUCGAUCAUACAAAUAUUGUUUAUGACCAAAUCCAAACCAAAGCUGUGAUAAAUGGAAAAACUGGGUAUAUUUACAUGCACACUAAUAUUCCACUAUUAUUCCAAAUGUGACAACAUUCUGAUUUAGGCUUUUUUUUUCCCUGAAGGAAGCAUUUUCCGAUUAAGACGUGGGAUAUGAUGGUAUUAUUUGGGUUUUAGGAACAUUCUGGAAUGUGCAUCUGAACUGUGGUUUUUACCGCAGUUUGCGUCACGCAGCCUCUUGCCCGUUUACAGUUGGCUUUGUGUGUUGUUUUGUACACAAACCAACUCUCCAACAGUUUGCAAGGCUGGAGUAGAGAUGUAUACCCUAAAGGAAGGCUAGCAUUUCUGGUCCUAAGGAGAGACACACCUGCUUUUAAACUUUAUGAAAGAUUUGGAUAUCAGCAUAUUUUUCUGAUAGGUGCAAAUAUCACAACGCUGACCCUUUUAAGAAGGUCGUUCAAGUUAUGAUAGAGAGGCUGUGUUCGCACGGUCAAACAAGUCAGCCACUGGCGGAAAACUUUGAAAAAAAUCCUGGCACGAGUGACAGCUGCAUAUCUUGAUGUCAUAAACGACAUGUUAGGGCAAGUUAAUCUGCGUAUACAUGGCUGCCAGUAACAUUAGUGCAAUAUUAAUUGUUAAUAGCCAUGUAAAUGGCUUAGUAGGAAUAUUGUCUUUUUUUGGAAUAGGGGGAAAAAAGAAUGGAAUAUUUUGUGCAUGUAAAUGUAGUCACUGCUCAGACAUAAAAGUUAUAGGUUAGUGGUUUUUCUCUUUAAGGCUGAUAUAAAAAACAUGGUCAAACUCAAUUCAUUUCAAUAACAAAGUCAGUUUUUGUGUUUUUUUUUUUCCUUUAAGCUAUGGGCUUAAGUAAUGUAGCACUGAACAACACUGGUAUGAAUUAACUUCUGUUGUGGAGGAGCUAGAUAUUGGCAGGUGAAAGGAUGAGUAGGUAUAGCUGAGGCUGGAGCAGCUGCGUGACACGCCCACCAGUUACAUGACUCGCCCGCCAUACUCGCAUGUUAGUCCGCGGUCAACCCCUUCAAUCCUUGGUUGUGAAGCAGAAGCCCUGAAGAAAAUGCUAAGUUACUGUUUAGCAGGUUAUGAAGUGUUGGUUUAAAAAAGAGACGGUUAUGGUAAGGGUAAGGGUUACGUCUCAUUACUUACAGGGUGACUCACGUCUUCAUGUGUAAUGAAUUCUAAAGUGGAUUAUUGCUGUGUUUGGUCUAAUUUAUUCACUACAAAGUGGCGUUGUAGCAGGGCUCAAAUAACCGUUGCGUUGGUGGGUUUGUCCUGUACUGGUGGUGGGCGUGGUUUGCAGGGGUGUGUCGUGUAGGCUCCGAAGGGAAUGAGGCUGCAGCUAUAUGUCUCUGAAAAGAUGAUUAAAAUCACUUCUCCAAGCUGAGCUCCUAAUAUUUGUUUUCUAGGAGAGACUUAUUGUUGUCCACAGCUGCAAAAACUUCUAGUUGAGAAUGGAUCAGUCGCUGCCAGGAAACUAGUGUUAGCAUUUUAGCCAUUGCUGCCUUCAUCAAUGUUAUUACCUCUUCAGUUUGUAAGCCUUGCUUUGCUGUCAUCGCUCAGAUAGAUGAAGUGGGUCGUCUAUUCCUCAUGCUGCAGGUGUCUAGGAAUGAAAUAUGGUCACUUCCCUUCAGGCUAGUUUAAUCUCACAAAGUAUCAGUUUGACCCAGGUUCAUUGUUUCACCUCCUUCCUGCCAUUGCACAGGCUUGUUUAGCCGGCUCAUUAUUUUCUAGUAUGCAAGGCUUAUGAAUGUGAAGUAUAAGAACAGGUUUUCUGCAGAUUUAUGAUCUAGUGUCACCAAUAACUUUUGUACUGAUUUAAGUUGACUGUAGAAGUUAGAGCGGCACAUGUUCACUACUGAAUGUAUAGUAAUAAUUCUCUAAUAGGUGUGAGACCUCCUGUCUGCCAUCAGGAGCUAUAUGGUGGGCGAAUGAGGAAAGAUAUUAAGCAAUAAUAGAUUUGAACAGGUCAAAGAUAAGCACAGUUCAUAGUAUAUUUGUGUAGGUAUAUAUAGAGCCUAUAUUGAGUGUCCUUUUCCUGCCUUUUAGUAAGAGAUAUUGUGAAUGGAGAAGUAAGAGUGGUUAACAGAUUUAAUGUGACAUUUGUGCUUUUCCCUUAAAUGUUUGUGGUUAUUCUGUCACUACUGCCAUCCAGCAGCUCAUUAAUAGUAGUUUGGAUUUUUUGAAGUGGGGUUGUGUGAGGUACCUAUCCAUAGUCAGUGUAUUACUUACAGUAGAUGUCAGUUGGCCCUCAGUUUGGAGAAGUGUCAGGAGUACCGACAAGGAAGCUAAGCAGUGCACUACUAUGGAGGGGUCAGCAGCAAAACAUAUUUUAGCUACCUAAAAUAAUCAAUAUCACUUAAAGUGUCAUUAUAUUGAGAGUAUUUUCAGUUCUUUACCGUAGCGUCAGAGAGUGAUUUGCGACAGGCAACUGAAGCUGUUGUGUCGCUCUCUUCAAAGCCAGACUCCUUUUUGAAAAACGGUGCUUUAACAUCGCUGUACACAGGAGCUUCUGGUCCGCUGCUGCCUCCAUCAAUUAGUUUGUGUUGUUACGUGACCUUGGUGUCAAAGAGGAACAGUUUGGGUUCACCAAAGUCACACAAUAAUGCAAACUAAUUAACUUAGCAAAGCACCGGUAGACCUGCAGUGUCUGCACCUGCCCACACCCACGGCCUGGAAGGGGUGGGAUGCUUGAUGAGGGCUGAUUACAUAUGUAGAGCAGUCACUUGUGGUUGCAGCACAAAUCUACACAAAAAUUGCAAAUGCUUUUCAUGUUUUGUGGCAUGUUUUAAGGUAAAUAAGUUUACCUAACUUGGUUGUGAUUGGCCAGUGAGCCUGCACGCUCUUAUGCACACUUCAAAUGACAGAAAGGGCCUCUAAAAAGAUAGACCUUAUGAACAAAUUCAAAUUCCAACAAAUUGCAGGACCUGCGGUUUAUUUUUGACUGCCAUUCCUGCAAGAUUUGUGUUGAUCCAAUCCCAAUGCAGUCCUCUAACCGACACUGACAGAUUUGUGUAGUGGCUAAAAUAUAGUUUGCUGCUGCCUCUUAUCUACAACAGUAAAUUGCCUAGCUUCAGUGUUGUUACUCCGACUGACAUCUACUAAUGCAAUACACUGACUAUGGAUAAGCAUCUCGCACAACCCCACUUCAAAAAAAUCCAAACUAUCCCUUUAGGCAAAUACUACAGUACAUAUCUAAUAUCACAUCGUCACUGUAUACUGCAGUGUAGCCUGUGUGUAGAGUUGUGGUUAAUACAUGUGAGAACUGGAUAACCUGCUCCUCCUUGCUGUUUAACCUCCCUUAAACUAACAUGAGCUAACUGUAAUUGUAAUCCACGACCACUGUGUACUGGGUGUUCGUAUACAGCACCUCUGCAACUGCUUCUGUAUUUGGACUUAAAACUGUAUGUGCCUGAGGUACUAUACCCAACUCUGAUCCUGUUGAUUUGUUUUUCUAUUGAACUGAUGAGAUGGGAAUAAUGUCAUGAUGAUCUUUGACGUUACUGACCAAGAUGGAAACAUUAAAAGGAAAAAAAAAAGUUUUUUUUAAAGGUCUUUAUUUCUUGUGCAGGUGGUUCAACAGUAAUACGAUACAAUUUGUGUCAUGUAAACAUCAGUUGGUUACAUAUAACAUGAUCAAAUGAGGAUGAGUUGGUUUAGGGUGAUCUUUUUAAACAUGUACAGUAAAUCAGGACAAAAAGGGGAAGAAAUACAAAAUUAAGAUGUCCAAUACUGAAGUCUGGGUCUUGAUUUUAUAGUUAACCCUAAACCCUA